AAAUCGCACAUACUGCCAAAUCAUACAAUCAAUCAAGUUUCUUCUACUUUCUACACAUAAAAAGAUCAGCUGUUGUUCAUGAGACAAAAAAAGAUUUCCUUUAAAAAGUUUAGGGACUCUUCUUAGGUUUCGGUUGAAGUUGACUGAGGUGCAUAAAAAAAACCCUGCAGAGACCAUACAACAUGCACCGUGUCUUUCAUUUCUUUCUAGUCUUCUCUCUGGGUCUCUGUUGCCUUCUGGGACUGGCCUCUACAUGUUUGGCACAGCUAAAGUCCAACACAUGCAAUACAUGGUGUUCAUAUUCAGUAUAACAAACAAAGACAGACUCAUCAACUUUGCUUUUUAUCACACUUGUAAUUGUUCUAAAAUCACUGAAAAUAAAAAUGUAAACUUGGUCAAACUCUGGUGCUUCUUGCCAGCUCAUAUGCAUCGUGACAGCACUAACAGCAGGUGUCAUUUUCAGGAUGUAAUUGAGUGAAUCCACCACUGUGUGACAGCAGAGCACAGGGCUCCGUGGGUCUCUGGCACCCAAAGGGGCUCUGACAGCCAAAUAUCAGCGCUGCUUCCCUCUCUGCUGACAGAAAGAUUCUGGAUGUUGUGAUGUUCAGCUAGUCCUUCUGCAACUAUCAUCUUGGUGGAUUCUCUUUUCCCUGUCAUCUUGGCUUCAAAGUGACACUCUUCUCAUCAGCGCACGACUCAUAUGCACGCUUCUGCAGGGCUGCGAUGGACAGUUGGAUCCCCGGGGCUUGUGACACUCAAAUCUUGGUGACAUGUCCUUGAGUGGCAACGCGAGCUGGUCUUCUGCAUCGUCGACGGCUCUUCCUCCGCCCUUCAACACCUCCGCCGCGACGCACUCCCUGCCACGGGAGGAGGGGGCGGCCCGUCACGAGCCCGUGCAGGAAUGGCUGGAGAAUAAGACCCAGCUCCUCUCAGACCUUGCUGUUUUCGGGCACGAUGAGCUGUGCCACAUGUCUCCCUUCCUCACGGUGUGCUUGGUCAUUUGGUACAGCGUCACGAUGGUGCUGGGGAUUGUCGGGAACAUCGGCCUUAUUUGCAUCAUCACCCGUCACAUAGAGAAAGUCAACGUCACCAGCAUUUUCAUCUGCAACCUGUCGUUCUCUGACAUCCUGGUGUGCGUCUUCUGCCUCCCUUUCACUGUCAUAUACACACUCAUGGAUCAUUGGGUGUUUGGGUCCCUGCUGUGCCGUCUGGUGCCGUUCAUCCAGUGUGUUUCUGUGACUGUGUCAGUGUUGUCUUUGGUUUUCAUUGCUCUAGAGAGACACCAGCUGAUAAUUAACCCCUCCGGAUGGAAGCCAAGCAUCCCUCAAGCCUAUAUUGUGAUAUUGUUUAUUUGGAUUCUUGCUGGACUCACCUCGUCGCCUUUCUUGGCCUUUCAGCUCCUCACAAACGAGCCCUACACCAACGUAGUCAAUCCCCCGUCUCCUCUGCAUCACCUGUCCUCUCCUGGGGCUCAUCUCAAUACGUCUCCACCUCCACCUGUUUCCUACACUUUCAAAAACUCAUCCACUCAACACACCGUCUUCUCUUACGUCGCGGCCUCUCCACACAUGGAGGCCUGUUUAGAGCACUGGCCGUCCCAGCAGCACAGGCUCGCGUACACCACAUGGCUCCUGCUGUUCCAGUACUGUGGUCCACUCUUGCUGGUGCUGCUUUGUUACGUCAGAGUUUUUGUGCGGUUACGCCACCGCAAAGACAUGCUGGACCGUGCCAGGACCCCGGAGAAUCAGCACAUGACCCACAGCCGCAGAAUCACCAUCAUGCUGGUCGCCCUUGUCACGGCCUUCGCUCUCUGCUGGCUGCCGCUCACCAUCUUCAACGUGGUGUCAGACUGGAACCAGGAGGCUCUGCCAGUCUGCCACCACAACCUACUGUUCUCCCUAUGCCACCUGCUGGCCAUGUCCUCCACCUGCAUCAACCCCAUCAUCUACGGCUUCCUCAACUCCAACUUCAAGCAGGAGGUGAGCGAGAUACUGCUCCACUGCCGCUGCCGACACCUAGAGGAGGAGUGUGAGAGGUUACCCAUGUCCACCGUGCACAUGGAAAUGUCUCGAACAUCUGUGCCUCUGAGCAGCAGGAGCAACUCUGUUUGACUCUGAUGUCACAACCUACGUGUGUACUAUGGUGUAGUUAUAGGACUAACAUGUGUUGUUCGUUCUGUAGAGACUUUAUAACCUAUUGUCAUUGUUUUGAGGUGAAGUGUGCAGUGAAAUUCUGUUUGACCUUUUACUUGAGUAGCUCUGAAUUAUAAAAAGAAACUUCCUAUAUGUUUAUAUCUGACUUUGUCAUGGACUGUAUCUUGUACUGAAAGGUAAAACAGAAAUGUAUUGUGAUGUGAGAUGUUUUUUCUAUAUGAAUGUUGUACUGCUGUUGUAUUUUUUUUUACAUUUAAUGAUCUUUAUUUAUGAAACACUUAUUGUUUAUUGUGUAAUCUUCUACAGUGAAUAUAUUGUGAUUCAUUUGAUUUACAGAGACAACAACAUUUCAGCAUCUUCGAUGAGUUUAAUAAAGAAAUGUAGAUAUAGCAUCAAAUGUGUUUCUACCAUCUGUCUAUGUAGCCUUUUUAGUCCAAAGGCUGUGUAUGACU